CUAUCGCCUGAUUUGUCCAUGGAACCGAUAAGCUAGGCGAGUGCAUGAAUAUUUACUUUCGUUUUGAUCUUUUACAGAACAUUUACAGACAUGGGAUUAUUAAAGACACUCCUUCUGUGUGUGUUUAUCAGCUUCGCUACAGCAAAAAAUUGGAGCGAGUGCCUUGAUACGCAAACAACUGGUACCAUCCAUAAUAUAACAGUGAAGAACUGUGAACCGACUGCUUCAAUAUGCAACCUUGAGAAGAACACAAAUGCAUCUCUUACUGUGACAUUUUCUUCGAGUGAGGAACAAACAAAAGCUGUGGCAAAUGUACAUGGUGUGAUAGCAGGCGUUUCAGUCCCAUUUCCUGUGCCUAAUCCUGAUGCCUGCCAAUAUUCAGGAAGUGGAAUAGAAUGUCCCAUUAAUGCAACUCAAAGUUAUACCUACACUCAUUUGGUACCAGUGAAAUCAGUUUAUCCUAAUUUGCAACUUUUGGUGAAUUGGAAACUGGAGGGAAGUGAUGGAAUCAUUUUUUGCUUUAUGUUGAAUGUACAAAUUGUUGACUGAGACCUGUUCACUGUAGGCCAAGAUUUGAAUUUUGUCUGAUGGAAUUCAGCCUUGGGUAAAUUAUUGUUGUGUCACUUCUUAUACUUGUACGUGUCUGUGAAAUUGGAAAAGGAAGGAGAGACUGUUUUUUCAUGGGGGAUACUAAAAGGCAGAUCUGCCUUAAAUGUAGCUUUUUUUUUUAACCAUGUCUUACUGUAAUCUGCUGUCUUUUGGAUAAACGGGUGCUGUAAAAUCUGUUUUUCACUGGUUAUGUUUCCUUGUCAAUAACAUGUAUAUAUUUCAAAAACAGACACCGUUAGUAAUAUAUUAAGAGAUAAAAUGUUAGCCUUUAAUACAAUGUUCGACAUAUGGGAGGCCUAUGAAUUGAUUUUCAUGAUGUAAUUCAAAGACAAUUUUUUACUUUUUACGAGGAUAUCAAUGUCGAAAACUGUAUUAACUACAAGUAAAACGUUUGUCUAGUACACUUUUAGAUUGACUUUGUGUUUAAACAGAAGUCAUGCCUUUAUAAGAAUAUAAACAGGAACAGAGAUUUUUGGAAAGUUAUGUGAGUUUCAUGUAUCAACAAAACUUUCUUGCAUGUGCACAAAACACUUACCAUUGUGUUAGAUUUAUGAUGUAGGUAAUUGAAAGCCAAAGCCAAUACUCAAAUCAUUGCAAUGUGCACACUAUCAUUGUUGUAUAUUUGUGAAAUUUUCAUCACUUGUCAUUCACUGUUAUAUCGCACAUCAGCUUUAUUACAUGUAAAUGUAAUUCAGCUGUAUAACAGAUGUUUUGUAUAUACAAUCAUUGCAAGAAUGCAAAAUUGACCAGCAUUUAUUGUAAAUAUCAAAUGAUCUGUUGAGUUUUGAGAUCUGAGUAUGUUAAAAUAUAUUUUGACAAUAAUGAACAUGUACAUGUAAAUAAAUAGGUUUACAUAUGGUGACUGAAUGUCAAUGAAAUCUCAUGUUGUUUGCCUGCUCUUGCAUUCCACUUAAGAUAUACUCUUUCAGUGUCACUUGUUUAUAUGGUAUUUAUAAUACAUGUAGUAAGACAAAUCUAAUGGUAGAAAUCUUCAGAAGAAAAGGCCUAUAUGGCUUUACAGAAACAAACAUUGUAAAUUAAAAUAGCAUUAAAAUGCAUCAUUUUUUUUUUUUCAAAGUUAUCGUUUUGUUUCAGACCAAAUUUAGAUCCUGUCUUUUUCAGGAUAAAAAGUCUCAUAGCUAGUGUCAGAGUGUGAAUGUUUUUUGUUGUCCCAGCUUGCGUUGUCAGUCAGAAGUGUUUUGUUAAACUUCUUUUGGAAAUGCAAUGAAAUAAAAACCAGAUCUAGAUCUACAUCCCGUUUUGUAAACACUUUAAUACAUGAUGGUCCAACAACAUCCAACAGGGAGUGAAGUGAUCUUUAAUUUAAAAUUUAACAAUUAAAUUGAAAUAAAUUUUCUCUUUCUGAUGUCCAGCAGAGAGUGGCAGCAAAGAUCAAGAUUUGGUAUUAAUCCAAUUGUUGGAAAUCUGCCAUAGAUUUCGGUUCAGAAUAGUCAGUGGUAUAAGAGACUCUGUAAUUCCAAAAUCUUUUAAUUUGUCUUCAGUAAACUUGUAUUCCUAAUGAUUUACCAAAGGGUUUCAAUGUUGGGCCGCUGUCUGUACGAGGAUCAACAUUUUGUGUAUCCUGUUAAAGGGCAGAGUGUUUGAUUUUUCAUUAUUUUUCAUUGUUUCAUUUCAACACUGUUUUAUAAGAAAAAGAUGAAACGCAUACCUAAUGGUAUGGUGGUAUUCUAAAAACAGUUAUUAAAUGUUGAUUUCUUUCAAA